GGAAGUAAACAGACCGCUUCAUAUGUAAACACGUUUAUGAAAUGUUUACGAUCAUCUGACCAUGUAUUAAAUAAUAUAUGGUUAUCAUUCAUAAAGGCAGCAGCCCGCGGUUGAAUGACUGUGAUUGGGGCAGAAGGACAGCGGUUAUGCUGUAAAUGUAAUUGAUUAUUGAUUGAUUGAGUUCAGGAUGGCUGCGGGUUUCGCUCCUCCGAAGCUCAAAGACUUUAUUCUGACAGAGAAACUGGGAAGCGGCACAUAUGCGACCGUUUAUAAAGCUUUCAGAAAGACUGACAGCAGGGAGGCGGUGGCUGUGAAGGUGGUCAGUAAGAAAAGUCUGAAUAAAAGCUCAAUGGAGAACCUGCUGACAGAGAUUGAGAUCCUCAAAACAGUCCGGCAUCCUCACAUAGUGCAGCUCAAAGACUUCCAGCUAAAUAAUUGAAUAACCAAUGACGGACAAAGCAGAAAACAC